AUGUCGGGCAGCAGCAACAGCGCUUCGCGCAACAACAUUCUGCGGGACUUUAAGAACCUAACCGGUAUGCCCGAAGCUCGCUGCACAGAGUACCUUGAUUCCGCGAACUGGGACAUUGGCCUCGCCGCCCAGGCCUACUACGCCGACCACGAUUCCGAGGGUGACGUCCCACCCGCUGCGCAGGCUCAGCCCGCUGCUCCUGCUCCCGCCGAAUAUACCGGUCCCCGAACUCUCGAUGGCAGACCCGCCCCGGAGUCUGCGGGCGGUUCGAGCAGAGCUAGCACGGCCAAGAAGGCCGCACCCAAGAAGAAGGGUGUUGCGACGCUCAGCUCCAUCGGCGGCGGUCACGCACACGACGACGACGACGACGACGAUGACGAUGACGACGACGACAGAGGCCGGGGCGAUCUCUUUGCCGGAGGAGAGAAGUCUGGAUUAGCUGUGCAGGACCCGUCCCAGGAAGGCGGUGGCGCCAAAAAGUUCAUCAGUGACAUUCUCGCCAAGGCGAAGGCCAACGCCUCCCGUCCCGAGACUGCAUCGCCAGCUGGCCCUUCGCGCUCCAGUGUCUUCCGAGGAACAGGCAAUACCGUUGGUGGCGAAGGAACCGACAGCCGCAGCAUCCCCGACCCCAACGCCUUCCAGGAGGGUUCUCAAGGUCCGCCCGGAGCAGGCGGCGAGCCUCAGGAGCGCACCUUGCACUUGUGGCAGGAUGGUUUCAGCAUCGACGACGGCGAGCUUCACCGAUUCGAUGACCCGGAGAACGCGAUGGACCUGAACAUGAUCCGCGCCGGUAGAGCUCCUCUGCACCUGAUGAACGUCCGCUACGACCAGCCGGUCGACGUGAAGCUGCACCAGCACCAGGAGAACUACCGCCCCCUGCCCAAGAAGUACAAGCCCUUCAGCGGAGAGGGACGCCGACUCGGCAGCCCGGUCCCUGGGGAAGGUAGCUCCACCACAGCCGCGCCGCCCCCCGGUGCUUCGGCUAGUAUUCAGACCACUUCGACGAGCUCGACGGGCCCUCAGCAAGCCAUUGACGAGUCCCAGCCAACCCUGACUCUUCGCAUUCAGCUGCCCAACGGCACGAGAUUGCCUGCGCGUUUUAACACGACGCACACUGUCAAUGACGUCUACGAAUUCGUGCAGCGGGCGUCGGCCGACACCCGCACCAGGCCGUGGGUCCUGGCGACGACCUUUCCGAACAAGGACCACACCGAUCGCAGUCUGGUCCUAGGUGAGAUGCCCGAGUUCAAGAAGGGUGGUACCGCUGUUGUCAAGUGGGCUUGA